CUGAAGAUAGGGAACAAAGACUGCGAGUCUGGACUCGAGCUCACAGACAGAACACGCAUUUAGGCUGUAUCACCGUUUCCCAAAGUCUCCGUUGAUAUCGCGCAGCAUGAACGGUUCAUCUUAUCCGAUGCCUCGCGAAUCUGGAUCAGGAAAUGAGAAGGAAAAUCUUCCAGCCAGUGUUUGAUCGGUGGCACCUAAGCUUAUGGCUAACUGAGGCGCUGAGCUCGGGGUCAUCCUGCCAGGGGGCAGUGAGGACUUUUGGCCAUAGCGUAUCUAUUUUGGGAUCGCCCAUAAUGCUCCGUAUAGUUCAGGCCAAUCUUGAAACGAACGUGGUCCGCUAUAGUAUUGAUUCUAAUCGAAUAGGAAAUGCAAGUUUUGUUUAUACCGUGGGUUUGGUCUGCCUUUAUCCUAUACUUUAACUACUGCAAAGGUAUUGGGAUUCCUGCCCUCCUCUACUGAAAUAUGGCCGGCGGCGACAUCGAGAAGCAGUCUGGUUCAGUAGAUGAUUCUGGAACUCAGAUCCCAGCCCCAGAAGUCGAAGAACCGACAAAUCUGCGCUCUGUAGCAUUUCCAGAUGCCCAAGGCGACGCUAUUGCAGAUGGCCAAGAACAUGGACACCGCACCCGUGGCGUAGACCUGCGCCGAGAGCUAACGAUUGAAGAAAAGCAGCUCGCUCAAGCCGGAUACGACGAAUAUGACACCAAGUCAAAAACGAAAGGUCCGACUAAAAAGUCUAAGGCCAAAGGCGCCGACGUCGAGAGAGUCGAUAUCCAUGAGCACAAGCUUACGGUUAGUGCCCUUGCUGCGGAACUUCAGACAUCUUUAGACGCGAGAGAGCCAGGAAAAUCAGCAGGGCUUACAGAGGCAGAAGCACGGGCACGGCUUGAGAGAGACGGCAAGAAUGAGCUCUCACCACCAAAGAAGAAGAGUGCACUGCGCAUGUAUAUCGACUGCCUUUUGACGAUGUUCAAUAUCCUCUUGAUUGUUGCUGGUAUUCUCGAGUACGCUCUGCUGGGGAUAAACUUCAAGGCUAAUUUCCAGAAUACGUACCUCGGGGGUAUCUUGAUUGCGGUGGCGUUCCUCAACGCAUUCAUCGAGUUCUACCAGCUACAGAAGAGUGCCGCCAUCCUAGCUUCUUUCCUGAAAAUGAUUCCGCCCAGUUGUCGCGUGCUUCGUGGAGGAGGACUGAUUACGAUCCCGGCAAGCGAUUUGGUUAAAGGAGAUAUCGUCCUCAUUCGUAUGGGAGAUAAGACACCUGCAGAUCUCGUUCUCUUCUCGGCAACGGAGGUGAAGGUAGAUAACAGCAGCCUCACUGGAGAAUCAGAACCCCAGGAACGUCGAGCGCUCCCGGAAGGCUCACAGGCUCGCCCUGUCGAAGCAGAGAACCUUGUCUUCAACUCGACACUUACACUAAGUGGCGAAGGAUGGGGUGUUGUCGUCCGCACGGGAGACAAUACGAUGAUAGGUCAGAUAGCUGCCUUGACUGGCGGUGAGAGCGGAAACAAGAGCCCGCUUGCCGUAGAGAUUGGUCGCUUCGUCGUUAUGGUCUCAUCAAUUGCCCUCGUAUUCGCCAUUGUAUUCUUUGCUGUUGGAAUCACAACUGUGUAUAACGGACAGGCUGCGGCUACCGUAACCUUUGCCGUCUCUGUUCUCGUCGCCUUCGUCCCAGAAGGCCUUCCUUCUACUGUGACGCUCUUGCUUUCGAUCGCUGCCAAGCGCAUGGCGAAACAGAAUGUCUUGGUAAAAGAUCUGCAGGGAGUUGAAACCCUAGGUUCGCUCACUCUUCUGGCGACCGAUAAGACCGGGACAUUGACGCGAAAUCAGAUGACGGUCACUAAUGUAUGGAGUGAAGGGAAGAUGUACACGGCAUUCCAGUCGAACAACGAUGAUCCUGAUACAUCACCCUUCGACAUUGGAGUCUCGAGCUUACGAGAGUUAGUUGAUGCUGCAGCCCUCAACUCACGCAUCAAGUUCGAUCGCACCGACGUGCCGUUUAGUCAACGUGCAAUACUCGGUGACGCGACGGAGACAGGGCUCGCUCGCUUUGUAGGGAAGUAUAUUUCGGAUUAUGAUGCUCAUCAGGAGAAACAUAGAAAGGUUUUCGAAGUCCCUUUCAACUCAGCAAACAAGUGGGCGCUUGUGAUUGUAGAUAAGGAGCAUGCAGACGGACGGCUCACCUUGCUUAUAAAAGGUGCUCCUGAGCGAGUCUUGAAGAAAUGCUCUACAUACAUGAAGGACGGCGAACUAGUGUCUGUCACGGACGAGUUCCAGGAAUCGUAUGAAAGAGCAUAUGACUACAUGGCUUCUAGGGGACAUCGCGUCAUUGCCUGCGCACAGCUUCUCCUGCCCGAAACCCAAUAUCCCUCGGACUACGCAUUCUCAAAGACUGAUUACCCUACCGACGGGUAUUGCUUCCUGGGCUUGAUAUCGUUGGAAGAUCCCCCAAAACAUGGCGUUCGCGAAGCAAUAGGCACACUUCGUCUGGCUGGGAUCAAGGUUAUGAUGGUUACCGGCGAUCACCCCAAGACAGCAGAGGCCAUAGCACGCAAGAUAAAUCUCAUUCUUGGAGAUACGAAAGAGACGCUCAGCGCGAAGACUGGGAGAAAUGUCGAUGAUAUAUAUGAUGACGAAGUCCAGGCGGUAGUCGUACAUGGAGAUGAUAUUGACAAACUUCAGGGUUGGCAAUGGGAUAAUAUAUUUAGCAAGCAAGAGAUAGUCUUUGCACGCACUUCUCCUCAGCACAAGCUUGAAAUUGUUAAACGCGCUCAGGCUCUCGGGCAUAUUGUGGGGGUAACCGGUGAUGGUGUGAACGACUCUCCAGCACUUAAGAAAGCGGAUCUCGGAAUAGCGAUGAAUAUGUCUGGCUCCGAUGUGUCUAAAGAGGCGGCGAACAUGGUACUUCUUGACGACAAUUUUGCAUCGACAGUUAAAGGAGUACAAGAAGGGCGCCAGAUUUUCGUGAACCUGAAGCGAUCCAUCCAGUACACAAUUUCUCAUUCAACACCUGAGGUCAUCCCGCAACUCCUAUACGUCGUAGUUCCUAUCCCCUUACCUCUGUCUGCUAUUUUGAUUUUGGUUAUUGAUUUGGGCUUCGAGCUUUUCGUCGCGCUAUCCUUCGCCUGGGAUCCACCCGAAACAAAAGAUGGGGUCAUGCGAAUGCCUCCGCGGAAACCUGUCAACGAGUCGUCAAUAAAUAGAAUCAAGAGGCGAGCCCUGCGCCGCGCGCAGAGUGUUCGACGUGAUAUUGAAACUCAGGAAGUAAUACAACCAGGAAGAUUGACUUCAUUAGUUUGGACGUUACGAAAGCCUUUCACUGUUAAAUUCUGGGAAGACAAAUUGGAGCAGACAGAUGAUGAGACACUGGUAGAUGCGAAGUUGCUGAGCUACUCAUACCUUGAAGCAGGGAUGAUAGAGAUGUUAGGAUCCAUGGUCGCCUACUUUGUUGUUUUCUUCAAAAGUGGUUUCUCACCGUCUGACCUUCGGAAGGCACAACAAGCAGCAGGAAGUGAUAACCCAUUCUUUACCAAAUCCUCGCCCGAUUUCACCAACCAUGUUGGACGUGCUAUCUCUGCACAAGAGCAAGUUGAUGCACUUGCCAAAGCACAGUCAAUUGUAUACCUUUCCAUUUUCAUCAUGCAAUGCUUCAAUCUCUUCGCUGUCAAGGCCAAGUUCACGUUCCCCUUCGGGCGCCAGGUAGUCAGCAACUACUACAACUUUUUGGGAAUUCUUGGUGGUGCCUGUCUCGGAAUGUUCAUUAUAUACACGCCGCCGUUGCACGUUGUAUUUGGAGGCACCUUCCGCCUUUCUCCCCUGUACUGGCUCAUUCCUGUCGCAUUCGGGGUGUUGUUAUUGGGAUGGGCUUCGAUUCGUGUAUUGUUAAUGAGGAAGGGUAUCGAACAGGCGCGUGUAAAGGAUAUUAAGGGACUCAUGAUGUUCCCAACGAUGAGAACGAUGAGCAUGCGCUCAGGUGGACGUACCAAAUAA